AUGCCACGGAGUUUUGUUAUUAAAGUGCCAGCUUCCAGUGCCAACAUCGGUCCAGGUUACGAUGUACUUGGUGUUGCUCUAUCACUAUACCUUGAAUUAGAAGUUACAAUCGACCCAUCCAACGACAACGUGACAACUAGUGACCCAAACAAUUGCCGUAUCACUUACUCUGAGGACUCCGAAGGUUACGACUCUGUUCCAUUAGCUUCCGACACUAACUUAAUCACACGUACCGCCUUGUAUGUGUUACGUUGUAGUAACGUUCGUCGUUUCCCAUCAGGUACCACAGUUCAUAUCAAGAAUCCAAUCCCAUUGGGACGUGGUCUAGGUUCCUCUGGUGCCGCUGUUGUUGCAGGUGUCAUGCUAGGUGAUGAAGUCGGACAAUUAAAUCUAUCCAAACAAAGAAUGUUAGAUUUCUGUCUAAUGAUUGAAAGACAUCCAGACAAUAUCACAGCAGCAAUGAUGGGUAGUUUCUGUGGUUCUUUCCUACGAGACUUGACCCCACAAGAACUGGAACGUCGUGAGAUCCCAUUGGCCGAAGUCUUACCUGAGCCAUGUGGUGGUGAAGACACCGGUUUGGUUCCACCUCUACCACCGGUGGAUAUCGGUCAACAUGUCAAAUAUAACUGGAACCCAAAGAUCAAAUGUAUCGCCAUUAUUCCACAGUUCGAGCUAUCCACUGCCGAUUCUCGUAGUGUUCUACCAAAGGCUUACACAACUCAAGAUUUAGUAUUCAAUUUACAAAGAUUAGCUGUCUUGACCAAUGCUCUAACUUUGGAUCCACCAGAUGCCAAAUUGAUCUACCCAGCCAUGCAAGACAGAGUGCACCAGCCAUACAGAAAGAUCUUAAUUCCUGGUCUGACCGAUAUCCUACAAAGCGUCACCCCAGCUACUCAUAAAGGGUUGAUGGGUAUCUGUUUGUCAGGUGCCGGUCCAACCAUCCUAGCAUUGGCCACCGAGAACUUCGACGAUAUUGCCCAAGAAAUCAUCAACAGAUUCACCAAGAACAAUGUGGAAUGCCAAUGGAAGUUGCUAGAUGUCGCCCAAGGAGGUGCCACUGUCGAAAGACUAUAA